AAAAGAAUGACGUCGGAGACGAAAACUGGUUGUGCUCUGAAAAAAGUAAAAAUCUCAAGUGUGUGAUAUUUUGACGUUUGUGAUGUUAUUGUGGUUGCGGUAUUUGAAACAGCUGGAGCUGGCCUGCGCGAGUGUGGCCGAGCUGCCGCCAGGCGGCGCUCGAGACGUCAAAACAAUGUGUGAGGACGAGGAAUGGGGAAACGAGAACGAGGCGAUGCCGGGAGAACCUCGCACGCCAAGUUCGGAAGGCGAGCGAGUCGCUUCCAGUGGAAGAGCGUCUCCAGCUUCAGAGGGAUCAGCUUCCUCCCCGCCGCGACUGCGCCUUAAUACAAGCCUAGCCACCGACCCAGCGCUCGCGCCCCAAGCCACGACACUUAAACAUGAACCACCGUCUCCUUCCCCACCGCCACCACCGACGCAGCAAGCAAGGGACUACAUAGCUUUGACGGCGGCAACAUUUCCAGCUCUUUUCCCGGCAACGGCUGCCACACCCCCGGGAUACACUUGCAAACCGUGUGGUAUAAGAUAUUCAUCAUUGAGCACACUUCAAGCUCAUCAGGAACAUUACUGUUCUAAAAGAAGAUCGAAAACAGAUAACAAUGAUUCUUCUAAUGAACAAGCCACUGAAGAAUCUAAUGAUGCAAAGACGACUCGGCCGGUAGGCAAACAAUAUGCGUGUACAUAUUGUUCAUACAGUGCUGACAAAAAAGUUAGUUUAAACCGACAUAUGAGGAUGCACUCUUCGUCUCCUGUCAGUAGUGGCACGCCGGUGCCAACGCCUACCUCAAAUGGCGAGGCGACAGAAGGCUCGCCAGCACAAGAUAGAUAUUGCGCAGACUGUGACAUACAUUUUAGUUCUGUCAAAACAUUCAGAGCACAUAAAGCACAUUACUGUAAUACACGACAAGUUGUGAAACAAGCAUUAGCGGCGGCCAGGGCGGGUUCUGUUACGUCCGGGUCUGCACCUCCUUCACCUGGAACAACUCCUCCAGCUCAAAACCAAUAUGCCCUUGCCCUUCCCACUAAUCCAAUUCUAAUUGUUCCAUAUUCAUUAUUACGAAGCGCUAGCACCCUACCUGGGACUACGUUACCGGAUCCAGAUACACCUUGUUUUUUAUUACCAAAUGGUACAUUUCAACCAAUCAAUAGAGCAUUACCAAAUCUCAAUGCAGACGGGAAAGAAGCCGAAGUUCUUAAAUCUGCAAACAGGCCUCGAGAGCCAUCCAGGGAUGCUGGUACUCCUUUAGAUCUGAGUGUUCGACGCACACCCGAAUCAGUAACUACUGAUGAACAUGAGAAAGAAAAUAGAUUACGUUCCGCUACACCGGAGCAAAUUGUAUGCGCUCCAUCAUUACCGGGUUCGCCUGCUACACCUUCUCCUUCAAGACGAUCUUCAUCACCUAGUGGAGAAAGCUCACCAAAGCGAAGACGGAGAAAUUCAAGAGAUCCUACACCGAAACCUCCAAGUGUUCCUUCACCACCCGAAGACAAGUUCCCUGCUGUGGUACCUCCGCCAUUAAUACCGCCAGCUUUGGCUUUGAGACUCGCCACAGAACUGCCUGUAACGGCUGCGUCGCCUCAAGUACUAGUCAAACAAGGAGUGUCAAAAUGCAAAGAGUGCAAUAUCGUAUUUUGCCAAUAUGAGAACUAUCGUAUACACAAAAGGCAUUAUUGUUCAGCAGGUGGUGGAGAAGAUAGAGUGAGUCCCGCUCCACCGGAACCUGGUCCGCCACCACAAUAUCGACAGCUUAUCUGCCUCGCUUGUGGUAUCCACUUCAGCUCAUUAGAUAAUCUGACGACACAUCAGUCCUACUAUUGCACUAAGAGAGAAACGAGGUCUCCUCGAAGUUUGCCCGAAGUGCCAAGACCAACGUCUGGAACUGAAGGAGGCUGGAAAUGCCCGUGCUGUGAGGUUGUGUCACCCACUGCGGCUGCUGCUCAGAGGCAUAUGGAAGCCCAUGCUGGAGUUAAGGCCUUUCGCUGCACAAUAUGCCGGUACAGAGGAAAUACGCUUCGAGGAAUGCGAACUCACAUACGAAUGCACUUCCGGGAAAAACCCGCUGAUUUACAGGAGGAGAGCUUCAUCUCAUGCGUGCUCGAAGACGACAACCGGGAGACGACCUCACCAAGCCCAGCCGUGGGCGAGCGAGUGCACCGCUGCGGCAGCUGCGCCUACACCUCCACGUACCGCGGCAACGUGGUCCGACAUGCGCGCCUCGUACACGCCACCGAAGACCCCGAGCCCGAAGAAACCUCCCCCAUCCCCUCCGCUGACAUCAAAAAGGAACCAGAACUCGACGAAGACACACCGAACUACUGCAAAUCCUGCAACAUUCCCUUCAAAUACGUUAACACGUACAAGGCUCACAAACAGUUCUACUGCACCGCGGCUAACCAAGACGCAGCAGCCAACAACAACGUUCCCGCGCGUGUCAAAGACGCCCCCGUCGUUUGAAUUGCCAUAUUUAAAAAUAAUAUCAUAGAUAACAAAUUCUAAUACUUCCAUUCACGUCUGUUAUUAAAAUCUUAUAAUGUAUAUUAUUUGUGAUAGAUAUAACGUUUUAAAUAUCCAAUUUGACAUUUAUCAGUCUCUUGGUUUGAGUCGCUAAUAAUUAAUAUUAUAUUGGCGUGAAGAAUAAAUCUGCUUCGCUUAUUUAACAAUUAUCAUAUCAUAAAUAUGAAAAUAUUCUCUAUUUAUGGAAUUAAUGAAUAUUAUGUGCAAUAAUAUAAAUAGGUAUAUCGAUUUUGUGCAUAUCAAAAUUGAUAAUUAUUUCUUUGUGUAGACUGAUGGGUGAAAUAAAAUCUCGGCUAGUGUACAUUAAAUUUUGUUCAGUAGUAAUUGUUAUAAUAUAAGUAGUUAUUGUUAGGGAAAUAACCUCUUCGUCUUAUUAUAGUAUACGUUAAUACCAAAAUUGUAAAUAAUUGUAAAGAUAUUAUCGCAUUAUAACUAAAUUUUAUUACCAUUUGUUCUAAGAUUGUUCUUUCUUUGUUGUUAAUUUGUUUAAUAUUUACUCAUAAGACUUAGGUAACUCUAUACUUUGCCAAGCAAUCAAAUGCUCAUUCCAUGUUUCACCGACCAGUGUUCUUGCUAUAUCUUUCUGUAAUGAUAUUGCUGAUAUAAUAAAUAAACCGAGUUACGUAUUUUUGAAGUGAAACUUCUUUAUCGGGGUUGGAAAAAAAUUUAGUGUAACAUUUAUUCGUUACGCAUGACAUUUUUC